AUGAAGGAUACACGAAGGUAUGCACCGACUUACAAUGCGCUUGCUGAUAUCAAGUUCUCAGCUAUCGUCCAACAGUACAAAGGCGGUUGUUUCAAGAUUGCGCAGUUCAACCGCUGGCUUGUCAUUGUUAUGAUGGGCAUGGCGGACCUAAGACAGGUCUACGCCACGAAGAAUAGUCAAGACGACUACUCCACAAGCAACUGGGGCACGACUACCACCGAUACGACGAAGGACAUUGGAGAUGUUGUUUUCAACAACUUUGCCCCAACCGAUACUACGCAUAUCAAGGAACAGUACGAGUACCACAAGGACUCAUCCUCUGCGACCCAGCACAAGAAGAAUUCAUUCGAGAAAGGAACAGGCUUAACGAAGAAGCCAGGCUUAGAGAAGAACAAGCCCAACAAGCAACUCAACUAUUCGCUAGCGUACCACCGUCCAGACCACAGACACCACACCCAUACGAUCAAUCUCGCAGACAUAGCCGAGCACCCAGCAGGGCAGAAACCUCUACCUCUAUCGAAGUAG